CCCUCCCGCGCUGCCGGACGUGCUCCGUCGGCCCUUUCCCAUCCCCUGAGCUUCCAGCGCUGUCCCCCGGCGCCCAGCUUCCUGCAGCCCCUGUAUGGGGCUCGAGCGAGAGGUUCCGGAGACUGGUCGCGGGCGGGGUCCCGGGUGUCGACGCUGCUGGCCAGCCUGUCCCAGCCCGCGCCACACGGCCUCGGGAGCUUCAGAUGCCCCACGGUGUGCAGAAUCCUAGGAAAAUCAGGUGACAUCUGGGGAUUUCUGCUCACCUGGAGAAGGGAUGGAAGUACUCCAACAAGUGUGUAGCAAACAGCUUCCUCCUUGUAACCUGAGUGAAGAGGACCUGUUACAAAACCCACAUUUCAGCCAACUACUGCUGAGUCUCUCACAGCACAUGGAUGAAAGUGGCUUAAGCCUCACCCUGGCAAAGGAACAGGCUCAGGCAUGGAAGGAAGUUCGACUGCAUAAAACAACAUGGUUGAGGUCUGAGAUUUUACACAGAGUCAUUCAAGAGCUGCUUGUGGACUACUAUGUGAAGACACAAGAAACAGAUUUAACUUCUGAGGACAAAAAGUUUCAUGAGACCCUUGAACAGCGGCUACUCGUGACUGAACUGACACGUCUCCUAGGUCCCUGCCAGGAGAAGGAGAUGCCUUCGCCACUGGGGCUGGAGAAAGCAGACCUUCUGGAGCUCAUGCCACCCUCAGAGGAUUUUGUGUGGAUGAAAGCUCGGCUCCCGCUAGAAGUGGAGGAGCAGCUCAAGAAGAAAUGCUUCACUUUGCUCUGCUACCAUGAUCCCAACUCAGAUUCAGACAGCAAAACCCUAAAAGCAGCAAAGGUGUGGAAACUGGCAGAGGUCCUGGUGGGUGAGAAGCUGCAGGGCCAGGAGGCCAAGAGCCAGCAGAAGGAGCAGAUGGUGCUGCUGGAGAAGAAGAGUGCCACCUACUCCCAGGUGCUUCUCCGUUGCCUCUCCCUGCUGCAGAGGCUUUUGCAGGAGCACCGGCUUAAGACUCAGUCUGAGUUAAACCACAUCAAUGCCCAGUACCUGGAGAUCAAGUGCAGUGCAAUGAUCCUUAAGCUGAGGAUGGAGGAGCUAAAGAUUUUGUCUGACACUUACACUGCUGAGAAAGUGGAAGUUCACUGUCUCAUUAGGGGCAGCUGUAUUGUAUCUUCUGUGCCUGGCCUCAUAGGGACCGUUUGGAGGAGGCCAUUUGCCUACAAGAGCAAGACAUGGAGAAGUCCCAGCAGGUCCUGAACACCUAUGAAGUCCUUGGGGAUGAGUUUGACAGGCUGGUAAAAGAGUAUACCCAACUCAAGCAAGCAACUGAGAAUAAGCGCUGGGCUCUCCAAGAGUUCAACAAGGCCUACCACUGAGCGUGGCGAGGGGGACAGGAGACCUAGCUGCUGCACAGGCACUGCCUCUUCCUGCUAAAAGGACCACCUCCACUCAGGGGAGUGUGGGGACACUUGGUGGCAACAGCAGUCUUUUAGCCACCCUCCUGCUUUCUUCUCAAUUACAAUGACGGAGUCUCUUCUGGAAAAUGUAGCAGAUUUAUAUAACUUUACAUACAGCUAUUUGUCAGUGUCAGCCAUAUGUUAUAUUUGAGCAUUUCCUGAAUAAAGUGAUGAUAUUGUUUCCUAGAAAGUUAGUCAUUUUCCUUUGGGCAAAGACAGAAAAAGAGUUUUGAAGUCAAGGUGGGUAAGGACUGGAUACUGAGCAGAUCAGAUAGAGACAGAUCUAUAAUGCUUACGCUAAGAGCAGGAGGUAGAAGCGUCAGCCUGCACACAUGGAGUCUUAAGAGGCUUCAUUCUUGGAGAGCAGAAAUGGAUUAAAUCUGGGUUAGCUCUUGAAGAACUAUAAUCCUCAGAAGAACGCUAGAUGUUAAAGCGGGUAGGGAAUUCUGUCACUGGCUCUCAGUGGGGCAGUUACAAUAAAGCAGCAAGGCAUCCAGCUCCAUUAGAGAAAAAGACAUGAGCCACUUGUGCUCCUGGUUCCCUCUGGUAUGGUUUGAGGCUAUUUCUUUCUCGGGAAGCAGAGAGUAGGAAGAGAUCACCCUGAGGAACCAAGUUUCACAGUUCACUUAGCUUAGAACCAGGCGGGGCCCUUGCUGAUGUCAAAGCAGGGACUGAGAAGAGAAGCUGGACUCUACUGUUACUUAGAAGAGCCUACUCAGCUUUCCAAACCACUUUCCAGGGAGACUAUCUUGAGACAUUCUUAAGGUAAGAGCAAAUAAUGAUGGUUGGUUUGGUUUACAGGAAAAAUUAAAAUCUUUCACUCAACCAAGUUUUUCUGAAAAUGGUAGAUCCUGUCAUGUGUCUAUAAGCAAAUGUUGGCAUACACAAAAAUGAACAAAUAGCAAUGAAACAACUCCAAUAGUUAAUGCUGUUUAGUUCUAUAGUUCUUUCACCCCAACAUUUUUAGGAGAAGUGAAUUGGGAAUUAUAUGGUAGAGCCUUAGUAGGGAAGGCAUAUUGGAUUCAGACUUUGUGGGGUGAGUUUGAGAUAGAAUUUUGGAAAAAGCGACAGAUAGUGAAAGGGUAAGCAGUGCAUGAAGUCACAUGAGCAGAUGACACACCAAGGAAAGCCUUAGUCUUAAAUGAUUGAAAUUUGAGAAAAAUAUCCCAUGGCUUCAAUCAAGACUCUAGAGAGCAGGUUUAAGAAAUGUUUAGAUUUCCAACCACCUGAAAAAGCAAAAUGUCUUCCAACACAGUGGUUCCCAGCGCUGGCCUCCCAGAUGGCAUGGGGUGGACAGCAGCUGUUUCUUGUGUUUCCAAAAGCCUAAAGAAAGCUGAAUGUUGCCUACAACACUCCAGCAUAAGUUACUUUUUUAAAACAUUUAUUAGCUAAAAAAAAUUGUGCUUU